AUGUGGGCACCUUGCCCAGGUGGUGGAGAAGAUGAUCCGGAAAGCCAGAUAGGAACGGGUGGAGAAGAAGCAGAUGCCACGGAGACGCUGCCAGACGUGGAGGUUCAGGAAGAAGAGGACCCCUGGCAGUCUGGAGGUGGAACUGGAGCUGAUCCCUGGGCCGGAUACGGACAGGCGGGGGGCGGCAGCAACUUGGACACGGACAGCCAGGACCGGGCGACCUGGUCGGAUGAGUGGUGGGACAACUGGGGAUGGUACUCAUCACGCGAUGGGGCGCGUGGCUAUGAGGCGGAGUACCAGAGGAAGCACUACUCGGAUGACCAGGCCUGGAAGACUGGAUGGUGGACCGAUGCACAGACGCGACGGUUUUCCCACUGCGAGUUGAACUCGCUAGUGGCUUCGCAGUCUGGAGUAUGGCAUGGAGCUACGCCUCCUGGAGGACAUCACCCAGCCGAAGAGAUGCCCUGGGACUUUGGUAACCGGAAGGACAAGCCGAGCGAGCGCCUGAGCGUGCCCACCUUUGAUGGGGAAGCUGGGGGAGGAAGAUGCAGGUUUGGCUACGCUGCACACGGCUACCUCCGGAACAACGGGCGCUUGCACUUUAUUCGGCACUCAGAGCUGAAUCUGGACCGGUUGGCAACGGCCGAGGGCGUGGAGUACUUCCAGGAAUGGAUCCGGACUCGGUUCCUGGACCUAGAGCUCACUAAGGUCGGCAGGGUGAUGACAGAGUGCUUCAGGAAGUUCAAACGCCGACCGGAGCAGGCCAUGCGGGACUACAACAUGGAGUACGAGAGGAUGAUCCUGACCUAUCUGGACAAGAUGGGGAUCUCCGAGAACGAUGAGACGGCGCUGCUUUCCUCGGUGGGGAACCAGUUCGACUACAGGCUACUUCAACGCGCUGACAUCGAUGAGGAGGACACGAAUCAGGACGGAGCCGACGGAGGAGAUGGGGCGGAGUCCGGGGAGGACAUCAUGCGCGAGGAGGUGGCAAGCGAGCUGCGCACCACCUUCGAAGCUCACCUGGCGGCGAAGGCACGGAAGCCAAGAACCGAAGCGAAUGCCGUUGUCCGCGCCCGCCUCGAACACCUGGGCUGGGUCAAGCUGUAUCAUGUCCUCAUCGGCGGUGCCGAGGUGGUCGUUGUCAGCCGCAGUGGCGAAGACGACAUGGACCUCAUGACCCGGACGGCCCCCUCCUUGGUCACCCCUUUGUUCAGCGGGCAGGCGGCGUCCUUGUGCCAGAGUGUCGCUGGCUACGACUGGUUCCUGGAGUACACCAGGUUUGCGGAGGCCAACGGGCUGCCAAUCUACACGGUGGAUCAGUCGGAGACAUUUCGGUUUGGAGCAUCCCGGCCCCAUCAAUCGAGCUUCGCCGUGUGGGCGAUCUUGGGCUUGGAAAGCAAGAACUUCUUGGUGAAGGUCUCCAUCGUGAACUGCACUGGUGGCCGGGUUCCCCUUCUUUUGAGCCGGACAGCCUUAGCCCGACUAGGAACCGUUUUAGAUGUUCAGGGCCAUCGAGCCGAUUUCUUGUCGCUUGGGAUUGACGGGAUCGAGCUUGGCCUCACCGCCACGGGACACCCGACGAUCCCUGUAGACCAACUCGGUGAUCACGUCCCGACCGAGGAGCUUUUAGACAGCCUCCCUGACCAUCAGGAGGUGGCACUGCUACAGAGCCCGACGCGAGUGUACAUGGCGCAUCCGUCUGGAGGUCUCACUACCCGUGUUGAUGAGGGCGAGAAGGAUUCCCCCGUAGCUGUCCACCCGAAGAAGACCCAUCUGGUGGUUCAGAAUUUCUUGAGUGGGUUGGACGCCUUGCCCAAGGAAACCUUCCUGUCAUGGUGGAAGCACAACAAGAUCGGGAGGGACUUCUGGGUUGAGACUACCCAAGUGCCGGAGCUACGUCAACUGGUGGUGGAAAACAAGCCUACCGGGGAGACGGCGACCUCUCUGAAGCAGACGGCCAAGAUGAACCUGACAGAGCUGAGGGCAGAAGCGGAGAAGGUGGGCGUCGAGAUGGCGGGGCCCGCGUCAACGGUGGUUCCCUUCGGACGCUACCGCGGGUGGAUGUACCGCAAGAUCCCGGUGGAGUACCUGGUGUGGGCCAUGGAGAAGAACGGAAACGCGUCGGAGGACCUGAGGAGACUGGCCACCUGGGCGCAAAGCCUGGCGGUGGUACCGCCGCCCCAGACGACGGGAGUCCUAUCUUGGGAUUCCUCCGACGUCCUCCUCAGUGGCAACACGCGGAGCCAGGACGACAAGGGAUGGAUGGAGAUCACGGUCUCGGAUGCCGACCGGGAGAGGAUCACCCGACUGGAGACGGAGCUGGCGGCGCUGCGAGACAAGAACAACCUGGACCGGGUGCCCAAGAAGGACGCUAAAGGAGCUGGAGUACCGGAGGAGGCAGACGACGCGGGAGAGACGAGUGAUUGCGGGCAGCUCUCUGCGGACGAGAAGUUCCAGAGAGCGGUGGCUGGCGUCCGCAGACGCAAGAUGAAGGCGACCGCCCGGAAGAAGUUGCAGAACAUGGCCCGCGCCGCGAAGAACGUGUUUUCGAUGUGCUUUAUGACAGCGGUUGCUUUCACCCAGGAGGUGGUCGGUGAGCCGGCCAACAUCUCUGGAUCUUCGACAGGCGACGCGGCGGGCAGAGGAACUACGACGGCUACGGCUACGAGCCGGGUGUUCCUCGAGCUCUACGAUGAGAUCACGCUACUACAGAAGAUGAAAUGGGUGGAGGACCCGGGCAGCCACACGUUCAACCUGGACCUCUGCCGCUUCGGCAUGAUGAGCCUGGACGGGAAGGAGCGGCUGAGGAAGACCAUCAGACUGACGACCACCUCGGGCGCCUUCGAGAAGAUCCUGGGGAAACAAUGUGAUGGUGGGCACGAGCACCGACGGAUUCAAGGUGCAGAGACUAGUGCGACAGCCCACUACCCGUGGCAGUUCGCCCACGGCGUCCUGAAGGCCUACUUGAAGACCAUGGUGAGCCCCGGGGAGCACACAGCUUUUGCAGUCACCAAGACCGGGGGCGAGAUCCCGAAGGAUGGACAGGACCUCGAUGAGACCGAGUUGGUUCCAGACGAGGCGCUCGCGAUGGACGUGAUCCACUUUGACGACUCUACCGGGAACAAGGUGAAAGCGCUGAGCAUGGUGGACAUGGGCAUACCACAUGUAUUGGGCCUCUGGGCAGGCCACCCCCGGUUCAUCCUCAUCGACCUGGACAUCGGGUUCAACGACCAGUUCCUCAGCAUGAUUCGCGACACAGGCGUGCACAUCCGGAUCAUCGCGGCGCAGGCACAUUGGCAAGGAGGACUGGUGGAGCGGCGCAACGCCAGCUGGAAAGCUAUCUGGGAGAAGACCUGUAAGCACGAGGUGAUCCUGCCGAGCGAGGUGCCUCUUGGCAUCACCGCGGUGAACGAUGCUAAGAACUGCCUGCGGAAUCGAGACGGUUAUGCUCCUCGGCAAUGGGUCUUCGGUUCAAUGCCUCGGGAGGUGGGGGACAUCAUGGAGGAGCUGGACUCCUUCGAGACCCUCAAGGUGACCAAGGAUGCCAAGAUGUCGCGGCCCAAUGCCAUCCGGAUGGGAGCCAAGGCAUCUUUCUUCAAGAUUCAGUCGAAGGACAGCGCCCGGCAUGCGUUACUACGGCGACCACGGGUUCAGAAGCAUGAGUUCGCGCUGGGGGACCUGGCGUACUACUACCGGGAGUACCGGGCCCCAAAGAGCACCAAGGCGGUUGGGCGGUGGUUAGGCCCUUGCUCGGUGAUAGGCCUGGAGGGGAAUAACAUCUGGCUCAGUCAGGGCGGCCGGUGCUUGCUCUGCGCCCGAGAGCAUCUUCGACCAGCUGAUCAUGAGGAGGUCAACGCCCUGUUCCGACUGAAGACAUCCCUGGCCGAGGUGGAUGCGGUGAUGCGGAAUCAAGAUCUGCAAGAAUUCAUCGAGGCGCAGGGAGUCGACGUUGAAACCGGCGAGCAGAUCCAGCUCGAGGCGGAGGACGUGAACCCAGCGAACGAGGACACGGUGAUGGAUGAAAGGGUUCGGAAAGCAGGCGAGAUCGCGGACCAGCUGCGGGGUUUCACUAGGCGGAGGAAGAGUCUGGACGAUGUGCCUCAGCGAAUGCAGAAGAUCCGGCGAUCCUCUUCGGCAAAAGGUUCCGGACGGGCUUCUUCGGCAGGUAAGUCUACCGUGCGAGAAGUGAUGAUGGUUAAACGGGGUAGCAGCGAGAAGUCCAAGGACAAGGCUUUGGAGAAGGAGCUCCCCUGGGAGCGCAUUCCCGAGGAGGAGAAGCACCUCUACGUGGAGGCAGAGGUGAAGCAGUGGCAGGAGCACUUGAAGUUCGAGGCCGUGCGACCGCUCUCGAUCGCGGAGUCUAAAUGGGUUCGGGAGAACGUGGCGAGCGACCGGAUCCUUAACUGCCGCUUCGCCUACCGGGACAAGAACUAUAGCAAGAGGAAGGCCGCGCCGGAGGCGAGGAUUCCUUGCAAGCCGAAGGCGCGCCUCUGCGUCGGUGGACACGUGGACCCGGACAUCGGGAAGGUGGAGCUGCAAUGUGACGCCCCGACGGCUACGAGGACCAGCCUCAUGCUGACGUUGCAGAAGUCACUCAACGAGGACUGGGAAGUCUGCGCCGCGGACGUGCAGGCCGCUUUCUUGAACGGCAUCCCGGCGGGUCGCAACCUCUACUUCCGCCAGCCGAAAAGGGGGAUUCCAGGUCUGGAACCCCAUCAACUCGUCUCCAUCGAAAAGGGGGUGUUCGGCCUCUCUACGAGUCCAAGGCUCUGGUGGGAGAAGCUUUCGAAGGACGUCACGAACUUGAAGUUGGAGGUGGAGGGGGAGACGCUGAUGGUAAAGCACAACCUCAUCGACCCCUGCGUCUUCGAAUUCCGGACCGUGGAAGGGGAGGUCCGGGCUCUGAUGCUGUCCCAUGUGGACGACUUGCUAUUGGCUGGUCGGAAGGCCAUCAACGCGGCCAUCCGCCAGAAGCUGGAUGCGACGUUCCCCAUUGAUGAAUGGAACUUUGGGGACUUCGACUAUGUUGGGUUGGACUUUGACAAGGAGGCGGACGAAGAGCAGGAGGUGGAUGGUGAGCUGAAGGCAGACAACCGGACGGUGGUGGGGAGUAUCACCUUGCGGAAGAUCCAGCCGGGCCGGGAGAUCCUGAUCGCCUACCACGAUGCGGCCUGGCGAAACGUGGAACUGGAAGGUGAACGUGAUGAAGAAUGGGAAGGGAAGUUCCUGACUGGCUCCAGCUUGGUGUGCAAGAGGACCUGCCGGUCCACGUUUGCGGGUGAGACCAUGGCGUGCUGCGAGGCUUCGGAGCACGCGCUGUUCCUGCGGGACCUUUGGAGCAGUUUCCAGAAGUCCGAGUCGGGCGUGAUGGACUUUCACCUCAUGACCGACUGCCGAUCCCUGUACGACCACAUCCACAGGGCGGGAGCACCAAAGGCACCGUCGGAAAAACGGCUGGCCAUCGACCUGGCGGGUCUCCGUCAGGAAGGACAGCGGCAAUGGGAACGGAGGAACCCUGGCCUGGAGCCGACGCCGACAUGCCCCAUGAAGGUGCCGCUCCACUGCGUCCCGACGGAAUGGCGGAACCUGUCGGCCAGUGAGGAGCCUGAGAUCCGGUCCAACCGGAAUGGUGCCUGGCAGUCCAGGCCCUUGGAGAGUCGUUUUGCGCCCGGUUGA